UCAAGAGGAAACUCCAUAGCAUCAAAGAUGGCGUCGUCUACACAGGAACACCACCUCCAUCAUCUUCCUACUCCUUAUGGCACAACUACUGCUCCUCCACCAACUCCAUCAGCACACUCUAAUCAUAAUCAUAAUCAUAAUCUCCUUUCCACUUCUGAAGCCGCUGAUUCUCUCUCUCGUCUUCUCCACCGUAUCCCACCCACCCUUUCCCUCUCCUUUCCUGGUCGCCGUCAAUCUCCGCCAUCAACCACCGUAUCUCCUCCUCUCAUCUCUCUUUCUGAUGCAAAAUCAAUUCUUCACUCUAACCUCCUUUCAGCUGCAAAACAACACGGUUUCUUCCAGCUCACACAACACUCCAUCUCCUCUCACCUCGCUCAAUCAGCUGAAUCCGAAUCUGCAUCCAUUUUCAAUGAUGAGAAACAACUCUGCUUCCCCAAGAACUGGCCCUUAGGCUUCGAUAACGAUGACGACGACGACGACGACGUUGUCUGCGGCCGGUCGCUUUGUCUCGACGAGUCAAGUUCAAUGGAGUUGGGGUUUAGUUCUAUUCAUGAAUUUACUUCCCAAAUGGAAAAACUAGGGUUGGCGUUGAUUGAAGAACUGGCGUGUGCUGUUGGGUUUGAGAACCCGGUAAGAGAAGAUCGGACCCGGUUCUGUUCGUUGAUGUGGAUAUCUGAAUCCGAGAGCGGUUCAAGUAACAUGCCACUUUCACCGGGUCGGGUUUACCCCUAUGUAGUUGGGUUAAAUUAUCAAAUUCGUUGCCGGAAGUAUUCCAUGUUGGCUGAUUCGGGUUGGAUAUCUGUAGCCCCUCAAGUCGACUCGGUUAUGGUAACCCUUGGUGAUAUUGCUCAGGUAUGGAGUAAUGGAAAGGUGAAAAAAGUGAGAGGAAGACCAGUACCUAUAACUAAUGGUGAAAUCAACAGCAGUAGUAAUAACUCACACUAUGUAUCAAUGACAUUGUUAGUUACACUAGCUCAUGAAAACACUGUCUCUCCCUUGCUUCCUAUCAAAUUGCCAUCACUUGGCGCGGUGCUCAACAAAGAAGAUGACGAUGGCCUUGGCGACAAUGAUUCAACAACUAUAGCGGUAGAGGAGGAAAGUCCAAUGUUCAAUUCAUUUUCUUUCGAGGAUUAUGCAUGGAGAGUUUAUCACGCACGUCUUAAUAUUAAGGAUCCUCUUGUGAGAUAUCGUGUUUGAUUAUUACUACUGUUGUUCUCGGUUUCAGUUUGGAUCGGAUCGGAUCGGAGUUAUUACCAAUUAGCAUGAGAAAUGGUAGAAAGUAUCAAAGUAUGUUGAUGAUGAUAUAAGUUGCUCAUAUAGCGAUUUUUUCUGUGCUUUAAUUUGUCUGCAUCUCAGUACUCUCUUCAUUUAUUCAUUUGUUUUGGGUUUUCGAUUUUCUUUUUUGUUCAACUUAAGGCGUGCUGCUGUUUGAUUCUCCUUGUAAUUUAGAAAUGGGAGUGAAAUGUUACGUCUGUGAAGAGAAAACAGACUUCAAGUU